AUGAAAGCCAUCCACGGAGGCGGCCGUAUCGCUGCCACGACAUGCGUGCAUGUAGAGGUGAAGGGCUCGCUGGACAUUCCGCUCAACCUGAGCCUGCUUGCAGACUUGGGGGACCCGAUGGUGGAGCAAGAGAUUAUUAAGGAGGCAGUGCGUAUUGCCGUGAGCGAGCGGCUUGGUUGUUUCGGCGGUGUCGAGGUGCACCUGAGCUCCAGCGGCGGGCGGGAAGGUGGCAGAGCGGCUGCUGAGCAGAAGGCGAGGCAGAGGGAGACACAGAUGCAGCCGCAGGAAGCAGAGGCCACAGCUUCGUCGUACAGUCAUGGCAUGGAAAAUAGCUGUUGUGGCCGCUACUGCGAGGCGAGCGUGAACCUGGAGGACUUGGGCAGCUGCAUCGAGUCUAUUCAGAAGGCCUACGAAGGUCUCCUGAUGCACGCACAACUCCUGCACGAGCUGCUGAACACGGACACCGCGACAGCGCCAUCAGGAGCGGCGGAUGUGACUGUCGCGUCCACACCACAGUCUCAGCAGCCAAGUGACUUCGAUGCGCAGGCAGACGCUGUCAAGCGCCUCGCUGCCGCCCGUCAGCUUGUCGCCGACAUGGUGGCCGAUCACCGUUCUGGCGUUGUCGCCGAGGCCGCAGCAUUGCAGGAUGGCGCCUCUCCUCAGCGACUUGCCUCUCACGAGACGGACAUGUUGGCAGAUGAGCACGCGGAGGCGACAGCGAUGAUCCACGCAAGACGAUAUGGUAAGCGGCCCUCCCACGACGACGACACAGACGCUGGACUUCGCUUUGGCUUGCUGGCCGGAGGUGACGAAGACGCGGAGGAACAGCAGCGGCAGCAGCAAGCGGAAGACAGGAAGAGCGAGGAAGAGCUGCGUGCACGGUACAUGGAGCUCGGCUAUUCCCCGUUGUGA